AAGUCUUCGAGUCCCUUCUCCACGUUUCUCUGUUCUUUAGAUUUAAGAUUUCUUCGUAAAACUCGAUUUUCCAGUUUCUAAAUCAAAGAUGGAAAGGUCCGAAUCUUUGUCAUCUAUUACAUUCAAAGGCUCAAUUCCUGAAGCAAUUCUUGAAGCUAAGAACCAGAAGAAGCUUUUCGUGGUGUACAUUUCAGGUGAAGAAUCCGAGUCGGAAAAAGUGGAGGACUCUACAUGGACUGACCUAAAAGUGAAAGAGUCAUUGUCAAAGUAUUGCAUUCUAUUGCAUAUCCGAUGUGGAAGCACUGAUGCUGCAAAUUUUUCUGCCAUAUACCCGCAGAAAUCUAUCCCAUGCAUAACAGCAAUUGGAUAUAAUGGUGUACAAGUUUGGCAAAGUGAGGGAUUUUUCAGUGCAGAAGUAUUGGCUUCCAGUUUAGAGAAGGCAUGGUUGAGUCUUCACAUCCAGGAAACAACUGCAGCUGUCCUUAGUGCUGCACUUGCUUCAAAGAAAUAUGAAUCAUCCAGUUCUGGGGCAUCUACCGUUAGCCAGUCUGAGCAAGGAAGUUCUUCAAGUGCUUAUGUUCCAACAACCACAAUGGACGAUGUUGACCGGAACUUGGAGUCUGACCUAACUGAUACUUCUGGGGUGAUAGAGGAAAACAGAGAUAGUGGAAAUGCAGUUCAGGAGAAAAAUCCGGAGUUGGUUGAAAAUAGUAGUUCUGAAUCAUUUAGCUCUGACAACUUGGCUAAUAUUGUGGAUAAACAAUGUGAUAUUACCAAUGAAGAAACGAGAACAGUUGUUAGUUCUCUCACUUCAAGCCCAGCAGGUCAUGCAUCUAAGAAUGCAUCCUCUCAUCCUGAAGAUGAUCAUCUCAUCCCAGCAAAGGGCAUUGAUCAUCAGUCUAGUUGUCACUGUGCAAGUUCAUCAGUGAUUGCUGCAGAAGCAGAGAAAGCUAUGCAACGUGGAAAGGAUAAAGGCAUAGAUGGUGCAUUGGAAAACACUACAACUGCAAACCUACAAACUGAUGUUCAUUUAAAUAUCCGAUUACCUGACAGUAGUAGCCUACAGGAGAAAUUUCCUGUGACAUACACUCUGAGUAUGAUUAAAGACUAUGUGGAUAGAAACCAAUCAAGUGGCCUGGGAUCCUAUGAUUUUGCCAUUCCUUAUCCUCGCAAGAUAUUUGACGAUCAAGAUUUGAGUAAAUCUUUGUUGGACUUGGGUCUUGUUAACAGGCAAGCGCUAAUAGUGGUUCCGCAUAGGAGAACCACUGGUUUCCAAGGGCAGAGAUCAUCUGAUGACAAUAGAAAUUUGACAGCUACUGAAGCUUCUCCAGGAAGCAAUGGGGGAUAUUUUGCUUACAUCAGAAGCAUUUUGUCUUAUGUAAAUCCUCUUUCAUAUCUCGGUGGUGGUGCCAGCUCAUCAACUACUGGACAGGAAUCUCAAAGUGGCAUCUGGGAAUACAGUCCGAAUCCUACACUGCAGAAUAACUUGUCUGGAAGAAAUAGAAGCACUUCAACAGCCAACGAUGACAGCAGGAACAGGCAACCUGUGACCACUCGAUAUGGCAGCAAUAUUCACACUCUAAAACGCGAUGAAGAUGAUGAUGGUUUCUCCGAUAGGAAUCCAUUCUGGAAUGGAAAUUCUACACAGUAUGGUGGUAGCAGUGACAGCAAAUAAUUAGGGACAGCCAGGUGUUGGAUUUUUUCUACCAUGGUUUGCUCUCAUAAGACAUUUCCGAUACCUAAAACUUGAUCCAUUUAUAGAUAGUUGGCUAUGUGUGAAUAACUUAUAUCCUAGUUUUUUUAGUAAGCUUUUGUUACUUGGACUGGGGAGUG